GACAGCACAAGCCCCCUGCUGAUCUCCUCCUCCUCGGACGCUCACUGGGCCGUCAGGAUGGAGGAGAAGGCCAAAUUUGACGGCAUCUUCGAGAGCCUCCUGCCCGUCAACGGCUUGCUCUCGGGGGACAAAGUGAAGCCGGUCCUCAUGAACUCCAAGCUGCCUCUCGAUAUCCUGGGAAGGGUCUGGGAUCUCAGCGACAUCGAUAAGGACGGCCACCUCGACCGAGACGAGUUUGCCGUGGCGAUGCACUUGGUCUACCGGGCGCUGGAGAAGGAGCCCGUGCCGCCCGCCUUGCCCCCGCCCCUGGUGCCGCCCUCCAAGCGGAAGAAAGCGGCCUCCCUCCCCGGGGCCGUGUCCGUCCUGCCGGCCAGCCCCCCGCCCAAGGACAGCCUGCGCUCCACCCCUUCCCACGGCAGCGUCACGAGCCUCAACAGCACCGGAAGCCUCUCGCCCAAGCACAGCCUCAAGCACUCGCAGCAGCCGCCCGCGUCCUGGGUGGUCCCCCUGACCGACAAACUCCGCUACGACGAGAUCUUCCUGAAGACGGACUUGGACGUGGACGGCUUCGUCAGCGGCCUGGAGGUCAAGGACAUCUUCAUGCAUUCGGGGCUGUCGCAGAACAUCCUGGCGCACAUCUGGGCCUUGGCGGACACGAGGCAGAUGGGGAAACUGAACAAGGACCAGUUCGCCCUGGCCAUGCACCUCAUCCAGCAGAAAGUGAGCAAGGGCAUCGAUCCUCCGCAGGUGCUGCUUCCGGACAUGAUUCCCCCGUCGGAGAGGACCGCACCUGCCCAGGACAGCUCCAGUUCUGUCGGCUCCGGGGGCGAAUUCACCGGCAUGAAGGAGCUGGACGACAUCGGCCAGGAGAUCGCCCAGCUGCAGAGAGAGAAGUAUUCCCUCGAGCAAGAGAUACGAGAGAGGGAAGGAGCGAUUCGGCAGAAGACCAACGAAGUACAGGAGCUGCAGAACGACCUGGACCGGGAGACCAGCAGCCUGCAGGAGCUGGAGGCGCAGAAGCAGGAGGCUCAAGGCCGCCUGGACGAGAUGGAGCAGCAGAAAGCCAAGCUCAAGGACAUGCUGAGCGACGUCCGGCAGAAGUGCCAGGAGGAGACCCACGUGAUCUCGUCGCUGAAGAUGCAGAUCCAGUCGCAGGAAUCGGAUCUCAGGUCCCAGGAGGACGACAUCAGCCGGGCAAAGUCAGAGCUCGGCCGGCUGCAGCAGGAGGAGUCCCAGCUGGAGCAGAGCAUCCAGGCCGGGAAAGUCCAGCUGGAAACCAUCAUCAAAUCUCUGAAGUCCACUCAGGAGGAAAUCAACCAGGCAAGGAGCAAACUGUCCCGCUUGCAAGAGAGCCACCAGGAAGCCCACCGGGGCAUCGAGCAGUACAACGAAGCCCUGAACGGGGUGCUUGGCGGCAGCAUGACCAACCUGGCAGACCUGAACGAGGGGAACCCCCAGAAGGAGCGGGGCGGCAGGUUCGGGACCCUGGACGACCCGUUCAAGAACAAGGCCCUCCUCUUCAGCGGCCACGCGCAGGAGCUCCCCGCCGACCCUUUCCAGGCGGAAGACCCCUUCAGGACGGACCCUUUCAAGGGCGCGGACCCCUUCAGAGGCACUGACCCCUUUCAGAACGACCCCUUUGCGGAGCAGGCCCCCGUGGUGGUGGCGGCGCCGGUGGCAGAUCCCUUCGGGGGAGAUCCGUUUAAGGAAAGCGAUCCCUUCCGCGCUGUGGUGGCGCCCGAGGAUUUCUUCAAGAAGCCCGAGAAGAGCGAUCCGUUCACCGCCGACCCCUUCUCCAAAAACCCCACGCUGCCCUCCAAGGCGAACUUAUUUGAAAACAGCGACCCCUUCCAGUCUCCGAGUGUCGUCGCCACCGCUUUGAAAGGGCCAGAUCCUUUCGGGACGCUAGAUCCCUUUGGGAGCAGCAGUUUCAACAGCGGCGGGGGCAGCAGCGAAGGCUUCGCCGAUUUCAGCCGGAUGUCGAAGCCUCCGGCUUCCGACCCGUUCUCGGCCUCCUCUUUCGGGGGCUUCCCGGACGACCCCUUUAAGAGCAAACUAGACACCCCCGCCCUCCCUCCGAAGAAAGGAAUGCCUCCGAGGCCCAAACCGCCCAGUGGUAAAUCUCUCCUGUCAUCCAUGUCGGCUCUUCCGAUUUUGACAAGCCCCCCGACCCGUUUCGGCCGUUUGGGGGCCGACACCAGCGACCCGUUUCACAGUAGAAAGGGGUUUGGGGAUCUUUUUAAGGGGAGAGACCGCUUUUCUCCCCCCUCGGCAGCCAAAGCUCCCAAGGACCCUUCCUCCACGGGAUUUGCUGACUUCACCUCUCUUGGCAAUGAGGAGCAGCAACUCGCCUGGGCGAAGCGCGAGAGCGAGAAGGCGGAGGAGGAGCGCUUGGCGAGGCUGAGGCGGCAGGAGCAGGAGGACCUCGAGCUGGCGAUCGCCCUCAGCAAAGCGGACAUGCCCGCCUCCUAGGGGGGCUCCUGGG